CCCAGUCCCAUAUUUUAUUAUUUCAUGUUUUCUGCCAGCUUUUACAAAGGAAGCUCAAGAUGAAAAUGGCGAUUUGACGAACUAUGUAUCAUUGAUGUAAAACUGAUUUUUCUUUAACCCUAAGCAGAAUUCACUCUGAAUGUACGGUCUAUGUACGAUCGCCAUACACAUGCAUCUCGUUCUUCUUGAUUAGAACUUCAGGGUUUCAACUUGAAACUUUCAAGUCUAGGCUGUUAUUGUUCAGGCGAGGAUCAGCCAUGGAUGUUGAAUUAGUAACAGACGAAAUGCCCGAAGAUGAAGGAUAUGAUUUUGAUGAAAAUUUUGAAGAAUUUUCUACUUUUGAGAGUGAAAGAUGUGGCAUAUGUAUGGAUGUUGUCAUCGACAGAGGAGUUCUUGAUUGCUGCCAACAUUGGUUCUGUUUUACAUGCAUUGACAACUGGGCCACCAUUACAAACUUAUGUCCACUCUGCCAGAUUGAGUUUCAAUUGAUCACAUGUGUGCCGGUGUUUGAUACCAUUGGUGGUAACACAAGCGAUGAUGAUUCCAGAGACGAUGACUGGUCCAUUGAAGGAAAAAACAACACUCUCUCAUUUCCGUCGUACUAUAUUGAUGAGAAUGCAGUUGUCUGCUUGGAUGGGGAUGGCUGCAAAGUCCGGACUGGAUCAGCAGGAAAUGAAGAUGAUUCAAAUCUUGAUACUUCGAUUGCUUGUGACUCGUGUGAUAUAUGGUACCAUGCUUUUUGUGUUGGAUUUGAUCCUGAAGGAUCUUGCGAUAGCUCAUGGUUAUGCCCAAGAUGUGUUUCCGAUAAUGUCCUUGGCAAGUUGGAUGUAUCCAACUCCAUCAACCAAUGUGAUCCAGAGAAUACAAGUAGUAACCCCUCAACUGAGGCUCUUUUUUCUGGUAAAGUAUGUGUCGCUGUUGCUGAUGAUGGUGAAACUGCUGUUGUUGUCUCAAUGGUUGAGGGAGAUCAUGAGGGUGGAGCAUCGGUUGGACAAAUGUUGACCUCACAUUCUAGUGAGAACAUUGAAACUGAGACACCAUCAUCUAAUUCUGUUGUUGAUAUUCCCAAUUCAGUAUCGACUGUCAGAGACUGUAUCAUGCCAAACUUGAAGCCAGAGGACCAAGAACUGCCCUCUUCACACGAAUAUUCAGAUUUCACUUCAUCUUCUGCUGUAUCAGCUAAUGCGGAGACAAACAUUAGUGAUCAAGAUGCAUCUACGUUGAUACUUCUAAAUAGAUCUGCUGAGCAUAUUAACAAUGCAAUAAUAGAUCCUGGUUUAACAGUGGGAUCUUGUACAGAAGGGCUUCCGGGAAAUGAGUCAGAUGACAGGGUGACAACAGGAAAGAAGGAAGUUCCUGUUGCAGCUGGCUCUAAGAGAAAACACAAAGAAAGCAGAGACGCUGAAAAGGGGAGAAUUAAUAAAGGUAAGAGUGAGAAUCCAUAUCAUUUGAAGAAAGUGAAAACUCUGAGUGAUGGACAAAUUGAUCUUAAGCACCAACCAGUUAUAGCCGCUUUAGAUGAUGCGUCCAGGUCAAGGGCAACUGUUCUCAAAGAUAGCAAGACAAGAUGCUCAUCAAAAAAAGAAAGUACAAACAUUAAUAUUAUGGACAUAGUUCAGGGUUCAAAUCACAAGUCUUUGAAGAAAUUUGCACGAGGCCAUCCCGACAGUAUGUCUUCCUGUAAACAAAGGGAAAAUGCUGCUGGCCUGAGAGUAAAAAAGAUAAUGAGAAGAGUUGAUGGUGAAGAUUCAUCUGUGGUAGUACAAAAAUUAAGUAAUGAUAUCAGAGAUGCUGUCCGCAGUAAAUCCACAGUGGAGUUUGAUAAGAAAGGUUUUGAACCAAAACUUCUGGCUGCUUUUAGAGCUGUUGUGGCUGGACCAACAACUGAAACUAUGAAGUCACAUGUGAAUCUGAAGGCAAAACAGUCACUCUUUCAGAAGGGAAAAGUUCGUGAAAAUCUAACAAAAAAGAUUUAUGGCGUCGGGGGAAGGAGACAACGAGCAUGGACUCGAAAUUGUGAAAUUGAAUUCUGGAAACAUCGCUGCUCUAAAGCAUCAAAGCUUGAAAAAAUUCAAACCUUAAAGUCAGUUCUUCACCGCUUAAAAGAUGACUCUGAGAAUGCAGAGGUAAAGCAUGCGACUGGAGAGGCAACAGGUUCCAUCUUAUCAAGGCUAUAUUUGGCAGAUGCUUCUGUUCUUCCUAGAAGUGAGAAUAUUAAGCCCCUUAAUGCUAUGGGUAAAUCUGAGCACAGAAUAGAAAAUGGCCGGCCAGCAACUGCUUUAACACAAUCUCUCCUGAGUCGCACCAACACAGUUCCCCAAAUCAACGAAGCUUCCAAAAUGGAUCCUAUUUCUGUGGGUGCCAAAGUAGCCCCUAAAAUGCCUCCGAGUGCUAUCAAGAAACCCGAUUCUUCUUCCCGAGAACAUUUGAGCAAAUGCCGUGAAGGGCUAGCAAACACCUCCAGUGUACCAUCCAAUGGGGAAUUUGUCACACCUGAAAAUACAAAAUCUGAUAAAAGGAAAUGGGCUUUAGAGUUACUUGCGAGGAAGGCUUCAGCUGUUUCUAAGAAUUCAGCAGGGGGCAAUGCAGAGGAUAAUGUUAUACUGAAACAAAAUUACCCCUUACUAGCUCAACUGCCAAAAGACAUGCUGCCAGCUUUGGCAACAAGCCGUCACAAUAAGGUCCCCAUGUCAAUCAGGCAGGCUCAACUCUACCGUCUUACAGAGCAUCUAUUAAGAAAAGAAAACCUAGCAGUUAUUUGUAGGACUGCAGUAACGGAGUUGGCUGUUGCUGAUGCCAUUAAUAUUGAAAAGGAGGUUGCUGAUAAGUCAAAUAGCAAAUUAGUAUAUGUUAAUCUUUGCUCUCAGGAGCUACUUCGUAGAUCAGAUAAUUCUACUUCUGACAAAGCUGACCAAUGUACUGAAGUACCAUCCAAAAAUAGAUCAGAAUCGUCAAUUGAAAAUCAAGAAUAUGCUGACGCUGCUGUCAAUGAGGCUCUAGCAAAUGCUGGGCUUCUAUCUGAUUCUCCACCAGGUACCCCACGAAGGCCUAUUGAGCAAUUCAAAGACGAGACGUGCUUCUCAGAUGAAGUUGAAGAGGAUGGGCCUUCUGAUGUUCUGGAUGUUGAUGUCCCUCCUCCUGACCUUGAUAUAUAUGGGGAUUUUGAAUACAAUUUGGAUGAUGAUUUCACAGUUGCUGGUAACAGUUCUGUGAUCAUCCCGGAGCCACAUCUGGAUGAAGAAGCCAACAAAAUCAAAGUCGUAUUCUCCACAGUCAACCCUGCUGAUACAUCUGUUAUCACUCUUGAACAACCAAAUAUGGAAGGGAAGGUAACUGUUGAAGCUCCCAAAGUUUCUUCCUGCUCAGUUGAAAAUGUUCUUUCAAGCAAUCAUGCUUCAGUUGAUACUGAUGAUGGAGACCACUGUGCAGAUCUUCAGAGUUCUCUUGUCAAAGUUCCCGAAGAUUCUUCCUGCUUGGUUGAAAAUAUUGUUUCAAGUAGUUGUGCAUCACUUGAUACUGAUAAUAGAGACAAAUGUGCAGACCCUCAGAAUUCUCUUGUUGUGGAACGCGGUGAAGAGCUUUCUACCGUGGAAUGUGAGGAACUGUAUGGGCCUGAUAAAGAACCAUUGAUUAAAAAGUUUCCUGAAAUGGCAUCAAUGAAGCCGUGUGAGCUGGUGAUCAAUAAUCAUGUUUCACAAACAAAUGGGGUCUGCCAAUCAAGCUCAGCUCCUAAUUCAUCUAAUAAGCAUGAGUCCAAGAGUGACACCGAUAAUGUGGAAUCUGCUUCUUCCCAGUGUCCUAUUUCAGAAAAGAGUCCACUUAAAAAAAUACUCGAUGGGAGUGAAAAUGUACAAAGACGGGACCUUCUAUCUAAAUCUAAUUCCAGAAAGGAAUCUGUUAGAACCAUCCCUGUCUCAAGAAAGGUUGAAGCUUAUAUCAAAGAGCAUAUCAGGCCACUAUGCAAGAGCGGUGUGAUCUCAGUCGAACAGUAUAGAUGGGCUGUGAGUAAAACUACUGAGAAAGUUAUGAAAUAUCACUCUAAAGACAAAAAUGCUAAUUUUCUCAUUAAAGAAGGGGAGAAAGUGAAGAAGCUUGCAGAGCAGUAUGUUGAGGCUGCACAGAAUAUGCCAAUGAAGGAAUAGGCGAUGAUGUAAUACUCAAUGUAUAGCUGGUUCUUUUCGUUUAAAUUUACCCCUAUAUCCUCUGAAUGAACGGUAAACUCUUGAUGAUUAAUUCUCGGAGUUUUGCUAUGAUUGCUGCAUGUAUAAAAUGAGAUUCAUCGACAACAUGCCCGGCCACAUUCACCGAUCCUAACACAUCGCUCAAUGAACCUGACAACUUGAAAUUGACAUGGUCUCACCGAGCAUCGGCGGCGUGCAGCUGCAAUAGGGUGUUGAUCUCUCACACACACUAACAUCUUGAUCUUCGGAAACCAAAUAGAAGAAGCCUUCAAGCUUUGUGGCACCAUAAAUGAUGCUAGAUUGCCUGUGUUGCUUAUUGCGGAGUUUUUGACAACCUUCUGAUGUAAUUUCAUCAUUAGAUACAAUGAAUUGUAUAUAUAUAUACUCUGUAUUGUUUUACGUUACCUACUCUGUCAUUGAGCUAUUAUCAGAACUUAUUGUCUGCUUAAUGACUACUUACUGUCUAUGUAUUGUCUGCUAUUGAGCUAUUAUUAGAACUUAUUGUUUGUUUACUGAC